GUAGUAGGAGCUGACAGAAGCGGUCAGCGAGAAAGUGGACCGAGACUGUUUCUCUUAUUAUAUAGUUUCCCGGGUGGAGAAGUUGGAAAUUGGGUUCGCGUGCCUGGCAGACAUCCGGACGCCAUGGGUUGCUGUUACAGCAGCGAAAACGAUACCACCGAGCAGGACCCUGAGGCAAGUAAGCCGCUGAUCCCCCACCCGAACCCCGACAGCAAGCCCCUCAACGGCACAGAAUGGAGGUCUGCCAGCGUACCCUCAGCCCGCAAAGACGAACAGGCCCUACUCACAUCUAUCCUUUUCAAGACAGCCCUGAACAUCAUCGAUGUCUCGGCUGCAGACUCUCAAGGCAUGGAGCAGCAUGAGUACAUGGACAAAGCUCGGCAAUACAGUACAAAACUGGCCUUGUUGAGUAACAGUCUGUCUCAGAAGAAGCCUCUCCCUUCCCUCACCAGCCAGCCACACCAAGUGCUUGCUAGCGAUCUGGUGCCAUACUCUGAUGUACAACAGGUGUCCAAGAUAGCUGCCUAUGCUUACAGUGCAAUCUCUCAGAUCAAGGUGGAUGCUAAAGAAGAGCUAGUGGUUCAAUUUGCCAUCCCCUGAUCUGCCUUCUACCCUCGGCCCUCUGGCCUCUGGUAUCCAUAAUUAUCCCCCCGUCCCGUCCCCCAUGCCCGACUCUGUGUCCCAGUCCUUGUGCUACCCAGCUAUGGCACUAGCAACCUGCUGCUACAGCUGAGAACUAUGACAACUCCCCUGCUGAAAGGGUUAACCAACCUCCCCCCCCUUGCCCUGCACCCCUCAGAACCACCUUUCAAAGCCACCAUUCAUCCUUCCUUCACCAGCCGUCAAGGAAUUUUUAAACUCUCUCAUCACAGUAUAACGAUAAUGGCUGUCCUUUUGUUUUUGUUAUUUUAAAAUGUCUUGUUUGAAGAGUGACUGCUUCUAAUUAAUGAAUAAAUGGUUGGCUAGGCUGCUCUGGCUCUGCGUUUUCAGGAGUAGCUAGCCUCGUCUGAUAUGCAGCUACGGUAAUGUACUAACCAACCACAGCUAGGAAAAGAGGGUGAUUUACCACACGUCCAAAUGUAGCACAGGAACAGGACAAAAAAAGAUGUCCACAGCCAGCCAACCCACUAUAGUGAGCAUGGGGAUGCUGUUGUUCUGACACUGUGUGGACCCGUCACCCAGAACACGCAUCCCACCCUUCAUGUCAUCAAUACUAAUAUCUACAAAUAGCCCUCACUAUAGUUUUCCUUAUCUUUGUUAGAAUCCUUAGAUUGACCUAAUGUAGUAAGACAGAACUGGGUUGGGUUGGUUUAAAAACAGCAGGGACUUCGUUCAACUAUAGUAUCUAAGGUCAAAUCCGACAUGACCCGUGUGAGUCUUGCUUUGUGUUCUGCUGGUGAUGUUAGGGGACAGGUGUGGGAAUCCACAUGGAGAAACAUCCUUCCUCUAAGCACUUUAAUCAUUUAGCUGGCAGUCCUUGGAUUCAUAUCUUUUAUAUUUCACAGAAACAAUAGAUGGGGGCGGGGCUUAGAGUGAGGGCGGGGAUCUGGGUGGGUGGGUAGUGUUCAGGGGCUUGUAAUGUAAAUUAAUCAGUUAAGUGUUUAUGCCUUCUAUGUACAGAUUUGUGACUCAGUCAGAAGCAAGAAAUGGAUUGUAUGCACCUCUCCUUUGUAGAGCAUCUGUUGGUCAGGAUUGGCUAAAGCUCCAAUGAGGCGGUUUUAGGAGCCAAUCAAAACUAAGGAUACAGUAGCCCAGUUUUUAUGACACAAUAACCCUUUUAACACCCAAGUUUGUUAGAUUUUUAAACAAAACAGAUUGUGACGAGUUACUCACAUUAACCAGAAAAUAACAGCUAUCAUGGCAGUUUGGGAUAAACAACCAUAACCUGUGAGUAUCCUCUAAAUUAAAACUGUCAGAGGUG